UUACGAGUAUGUCAGCUGCUGACAGUGAUUUUGUCUGUCUGCAGAUCCUGGUGAAUUACUUCUUCCUGGUGGAUUUUCUAGAGGACUUCAUUCAAAACGCUCGCCUCUUCUUCUUCAAGACCUUCUGUUGCAUUCAUCAGUGCAUUAGCAUCAGCAUGCUGGCAGACAAGCUCAACAUGACACCUGAGGAGGCAGAGCAGUGGAUUGUCAACCUCAUUCGCGACGCCAGACUAGACGGCAAGAUCGACUCCAAACUGUCAGUGUCGCCGUACCAGAAAGUAAUUGAGAAGACCAAGAGUCUGUCAUUCAGUAACCAGAUGCUGGCCAUGAGCGUUGAGAAGAAAGUUGCCAAUAGCAACCGGAAUGACAUACUACACCAACCCCAUUAA